GUUAGACAUAACAUAAAAUAACAAUUUCCCUCAACACAAGCUUGGGACAAGGACACAGGGUCUCCAAAUUCAGAGACCUUCUGAGAACAGCACUUAGCAAUUUCCCUCGUCCAUCCCUUGAACUCAAAGCCAUUGUGCUGCUCUCUGGCUAUUCUCAGCCUCAUUGUCUUGCAGUAAUGUGGCCAAUGGAGCAGCCAGAGAUUAGUCUUACUGAUAUUAUGUUUUGCUGCCAUCUGGUGCAAAUUUGUUGUGCAAUUCACAGGAUAAACAGGUACUGCAUGGCAGAGCUAACUAGAGCACUGUUGUGUUCAAAAGCCAUUUUAAUUGAAAUAAAUAGGGCACCCCACCCCACAUCAGUUACAGAAAGAUUUGUAUAUACACAUCCAAAAUAUAUGUAAUAUAAAUUUACACCAUUAAUCAUGUAUGUCAUUGGAAGUAUAAACAACUCUGUGCAACCCCAACACACACAAACACAGUAAUGUUUCCCACAUGUCUGUCUCAAUAGAAAUAAAUCAACUAUACUAACAAGGACAUGUGAAAAACUGGGAGGACUCCAGGUGGCCGAUAACAGAAAGAUGUUUAGGAUUGACUGGCCUUGUGAUAGCAAAAUAUGUGGCAUCAGAAGAUGAGCUUUUACAAGCCUCCAUCUUAUAAUGAAAACAAACUUUAUUUAUAUUGCACCUUUCAAAACACAGUUACAGAGUUCUUCAGAAUAAAAACAGAACAUUCACCUUCAUGCUGUAGCUGCUCUCUGUUGAAGCAGACAGUUAGAGAGACUCCAUGGACAAGAAGGUAGUGCUGAUCACAGGCUGCUCCUCUGGGAUCGGUCUUAGCCUGGCCGUCCGGCUAGCCUCUGAUCCCAACAAAACAUUCAAAGUGUAUGCCACGAUGAGAAACCUGGCGAAGAAAGAGCGUCUUUUAGAGUGUGUGAAAAGCCUGCACAAGGAUACCUUGGACAUACUCCAAAUGGAUGUGACCAGCCGGCAGUCCAUCCUGGAUGCGAGGGAAAGGGUUGUGGAGAAACGAGUGGACAUUCUGGUGUCUAAUGCUGGUGUGGGUUUGAUGGGGCCGCUGGAGGUAAUGUCCUUAGACUCGAUGAGGCAGAUUCUGGAGGUCAAUCUCCUCGGUACCAUCCAGACCAUCCAGGCUUUCCUGCCGGAGAUGAAGGCUCAAGGCCAGGGCCGGAUUCUGGUCACCGGGAGCACUGGAGGGCUUCAAGGUCUCCCCUUUAAUGAGGUGUACUGUGCCAGUAAAUUUGCAAUAGAGGGAGCAUGUGAGAGUUUGGCUGUCCUGCUGCAACACUUCAAUAUCCAUGUGAGUCUCAUUGAGUGUGGCCCAGUCAACACUGACUUUCUGGUCAACCUGCAGAAGGCAGAGCUCGGGGAUGUAUGUCUCCAACAGGUCGAUGCUCACACUCUCAGCCUUUAUGAAAAAUACCUGCACCACUGUGGCUCCGUUUUCCAAAACGCAGCCCAGGACACUGAGGACAUUGUAAAGGUAUUUCUGGAUGCCAUCCAGUCACCCAGCCCUGCAUUCAGAUACUUCACCAGCGGUAUCGUGCCACCUCUCACCAGACUAAAGAUCACAGAGCCAGAUGGCCUGCGGUACAUCAGUGCUUUGAGCAAAACCAUGUUCUCAGCUGAGGAACAAUAAUUUUGCCUUGUUUUCAACCAAGCCAAUACUUUAUCAUAUUUGUCUUUAUGUUCUUUAAGUGAAUACCUUCGCUCAUUCGGUUUUGAUAUAAUGAAUAAAGUUGACACACUGUGACUCACUGUGGUUUCUUAACUGGAAAGGGCAGUUCGUUCAGUUUUUUUUUUUUUUUAGAAGAGUUCACAGUGACUCCAUGUUUCUAUUUUUGGAUGUCACUUAUCAAAAAGUACAUUCCUUAUCACAGUAUAAAGAAAAAAAAAACAUUUUCUUUUUGGUGGAGAACUAUUUGAUGAGGUAAUGUGUUUUCAGAGACACAACAGCUUUUACAAUCCAGUCAUUUGAUAGUGUUCUUACCACACGUUGGCAUAGUUUCACAGGGAUCCGUGUGCUAUAUGACAGUUUCCCAUCACAUUGUUAAAUGUGAAACACUCCCAA